AUGAAAAACUUCUCCCCCUUGAAAUCAGAAGAGAAAACUCAUUUGCCAAAAUUCGUCGACCACUCAAAGCCACCACAAAUCAUUUGUGGAUCCUUUGAGAAUGUCAAAUUGGAAGGGGCGAAUUUCGGGGCAUCUAUGAUCACUCGGCGUGGGGGUUGCUCCGGUGAAUCACCAUCCAUAAACAUUUAUAUAAACAACGAUACACAGGGUAUUAACAACUCGAUCUUGAUUGGUAGUGAUGUGAAAAUGGGUGAUCCUGGUGUGAGUUUGUCUCUGAAUGAUGUUGAAAUGGACAGAGGCUUUCAACUAAAUCUCUCUGCAUUUUGCUUCAUUAUAUCAAGACUGUUGGCAGGACUGGGGUUUCGUGGGGUUUUAGUGAUGACAAAUCUAUGA